UGCCUUAUAAUUAUGGAAUUUGGAAUUGCUCCACUUUUACUGAAUAUAUAUUUGACCUAAUCUCUUUAACUCUUACUAUUACAUACCUAACUUAUUUGGUUUAUAUAUUUAUUUGGUCUUGUACAUAUACUGUUGAUCUCCCUCCCCAGAUUUCACUAACAAUUGUUUCCCUCCGGCUUAGCUCCCCAAAAAGUUCUCUCCGCGUAAUAAAUAAAUUUAUUAGAUGAUCAGAAAUUUUAUGAGUCGCAAUGAUGGUACAGGAACAUUAGCUAAUAAAGCUUCAUAUACUACUAGUAAUUUACCUAAUUAUACUAGUAAUAAUAAUCAUAUAAUCAAUUCUCAUAACAACCAUUAUAUCUUUGAGGUUUCAACUGAAAAUCCCCAUUAUUUAUCGCUAGAAGCAUCCUCGAAUUCAUCUAGCGAAUCUGAAUCUGAAUCUUCAUCUUCAAGGGAGUCUCUUUACAUUACUGAUCAAUUUACUCAUACAACAAAUUUUAUUGAAAACGAUUAUUAUCAUAAUAACUCCGAGCAAGACGAUUCUCAUCAACAUAACUUAAUUAAAAAAAUAGAUGAACUUAAAAGUCCAGAAAUAUCAAUAAGUCCCGAUACUCAAAUCAAUAAUAAUGAUGAUCAAUCUCAAUUAACUCCGACAAGUUCUUCAGAAUCAGAUCAACAAAUUCCAUCACAAUUCCAUGAUUCCUUAGCAUUACCACAUUCAUCUGGAAAUGGAUUUACUUCCCUUUAUCCAAUAACUUCUCCUCCAGACAAUGAUGACAAUAAACAUCUUUAUCCAGCAACAUUCUUUUUAUCUCCAAUAACUUCCCAUGAUUCAACUUAUACUCAAGUAAGUUAUGAUGAUAUUCUUAUUGAUGAAAAACCUCCUCAAUUAGAGCAAGUACCUUCAUCUCCUGCUUCAUCAAUCAUUAUAGCAGAUCAACAUCAACGACCAGUAGAAGAUAAAUUAACAGAAUCUGAAAUUGAUGAUCAACAAUUACAAGAAACAAAUGUUAGUCCAUUAUUAUCACUUCCAUUAGAAAUUUUAUAUAGAAUUGUCGAAAUUGCAUAUUAUGAUAAUCAUAAUUAUAAUUCUAUUAAUUCAAAUUUAGAGAAUUUUUCAAAUACAGUACCAUUAUUAUCAAAAAAAUUUCAUCAAUUAUCAUUAUGUUUUCUUUAUAAAUAUGCUAUUUUUAAUAGACCUCAUUCAUUUGAUAAAUUCUUAACCAAUCUUAAAAAGAAUAAUCAAAUUGGAACAUUUGUUGAAUUUAUGGAUUUUCAACAAUUUACAUCUAUUGGAUUAGGUAGAACUGGUAGAAUGAAUCAAGAAAUUCAAAUGGUUACUUCAAAAACAAUUUCAAAAGCUUUAAGUCUUACUCCAAAUCUUCUUGAAUUCUUAGCAAGUGAAAAUAUUCAAGAUGAUUUAGAUGUUAAUGUAUUAAAUUAUUUAUUUAAUUGUUUAAAUAAAAUUAAAGCUUUAGAUUUUUGUGGUGCAAGUAGUGAAAGUUUUGCUCGAGCAUUUGAAGAAUUAGUUAUUGAAGAUGGUAAUAAAUCAGAAGGAGAAAGUGAAGAUUAUUCAAUGGCAGAAGAAGAUAAAAUGAUUAUUGAUGAUAAUUCAACUAUUAGAUCAAUUUAUACAAAACCCAAUAAAAAUUUAUCAAAUUUAACUAAAUUAUCAUUUCAUGAUUGUUCAAAUUUAAGUAAUAAUGUAUUUGAAAAGAUUUUACCUCAUUUAAUAAAUUUAGAAAGAUUAGAUUUAAAUCAUACAUCAAUUACAUCAACAUCUUUAUUACAAUAUCUUCCAACUAGUGCAAGAUUAACUCAUUUAUCAUUAGCAAGAUGUUCAAAAUUAACUACUAAAGAUUUAAUUAAUUUUCUUACUCAUCAUCCAUCUGUAUCACAAAAUUCUCUUAAAUGGUUAAAUAUUCAAGUUGAUUCAAAUGUUGUAACUCCAUUAAGUGAUGUUUAUUUAUUAUUUACUUUAAAACAUUUACAAGCUCCUGAUUUACGUUAUCUUAAUCUUGGAGGAUUACCAAUUAAUAAUCGAAUUUUAUUAACAAUUAAAUCAAGAUUUACUCAAUUAGAAAGUUUAAGUUUAAGUCAUUCAAAUAUUGAUUUAAAUGAUUUACAUGAUUUUUUUAAAGGUGAACAUAAUAAUAUUAAAUUUCUUGAUUUAACUGGAGUUAAAUCAUUAAAUAAAUGGAAUUUAAUGACAAUUUUACAAAAAAAUUUUAAUCUGCAACUUGAAGCUAUUGAAUUUGAUUAUAAAAUUUUAUAUGAAUUAGCCGGUAAUGGAGAACAUGUUAAAGUAUCACCAAUUCAAACAUCAUUUAUUGAAGAAGCUAAACAACCACAAGUUUGGAAAUUUUAUGAUAAUGAAGGUAGAAGAUCUUGGAUAUAUAAAUUAAAUGAAAAGGAUCCAGAAUUUAAAUCAAUUAUUAGAGGUAAAGGUUCAAGAAAGAGAUCAGUUCCAAAUAUGUCAAAUCUUGUUUAUUAUGAUUUAGAAACAGGUAAUAAAAUUACUACCAUGAUUAAAAAGCCCGAUUUUUUAAAAUAUGCUUCAAGAAAGGUUAAUUGUUCAAUUGGUUAUUUUAAUCUUAAUAAGUAUAGAUCAAAGACUUAUGAAGAGGAAGUUUGGCCAGUAGAAUUCAGUCAAAGAGGAAUUUAUAAUUAUUAUUCAUUGAAUAUUAAGUGAAAUUAGAAGAAAUAAUGAAAUAAAAUGAAACAAAGAAAUACAAUAAAAUUUUACAAUAAAUUUUACAAUAAAUUUACAUUAAAAAUCCAUCUAAAAAUUGUAUAGAAAUAGAUUACUUAAAUAAGUAGUAACGAAUUUACGAACCAAGA